GAGGGACGCGAGGGAGGAGGAGGAGGGAGCGUAGGGUGGCGUCGGCCGCCGUCGCAGCGCGCUGGGCUCCGGCGCGCUUUCGGAGGCAGCCGGAGAGUCACCUUCAGGCCAUUCAGAGGAGGGACGAGUGGGAAAUAUGAAGUCAGCCAAGCCCCAUGUGAACCACAGUCAGCACGGGGAAAGACAGCAGGCCCUGAGCCCUCUGCAGUCUACUCUCAGUUCUGCUGCUGCUCCUUCCCAGGCGUAUGAAACCUAUAUCGAUAAUGGACUCAUAUGCCUUAAACACAAAAUUAGAAACAUCGAGAAAAAGAAGCUCAAACUGGAAGAUUAUAAAGAUCGCCUGAAAAAUGGAGAGCAACUUAACCCAGACCAGUUGGAAGCAGUGGAGAAAUAUGAAGAAGUAGUACAUAAUUUGGAAUUUGCCAAGGAGCUUCAGAAAACCUUUUCUGCACUGAGCCAAGAUCUACUGAAAGCGCAGAAAAAGGCCCAGAGAAGGGAGCACAUGCUAAAACUUGAGGCUGAGAAGAAGAAACUUCGAACUAUACUUCAAGUUCAGUAUGUAUUACAGAACUUGACACAAGAACAUGUACAAAAAGACUUAAAAGGGGGCUUGAAUGGUACAAUGCAUUUGCCUUCAAAAGAACUUGACUACCUCAUCAAAUUCUCAAAACUGACCUGCCCUGAAAGAAUUGAAAGUCUGAGUGUUGAAGACCAGAUGGAGCAGUCAUCCUUGUACUUUUGGGACCUUUUGGAAGGUAGUGAGAAAGCAGUGGUAGGAACAACAUACAAACAUGUGAAAGAUCUACUGUCUAAGCUGCUCAACUCAGGUUAUUUUGAAAAUGUCUCAGUUCUCAAGAAUUCUAAGGAAGAAAAGGAAGAAAUGCUAAUGCAAUCAGAAAAGAAGAAACAAUUACUGAAGACUGAAUCUAUGAAAGAGUCAGAAUCUCCUGUGGAACUUGUGCAGCCUGAGAUACAACCACAGGAGUUUCUUAACAGACGCUAUAUGACAGAAGUAAAUUAUUCAAGAAAACAAAGUGAGGAACGAUCUUGGGAAGCAGAUUAUGUGAGAAAACCAAAUCUCCUCAAAUGCUGGAGUGUGCUUCCUGAACCAGAUGGUCAGGGGAAGAAGCAGAAGUCCUCGGAGUCUUGGGAGCCUUCUGUCAGGUUCCAGGAGGUGCCUAAGUCCAUGCCUCAGCCUAUAGACUCUUCCUCUGCCUUUCCAAAGGAUCCUUUGCUGAGGAAAGAAAAACUGCAGGACCUCAUGACCCAGAUUCAAGGAACUUGUAACUUUAUGCAAGAGUCUCUUCUAGAUUUUGACAAACCCUCAAGUGCAAUUCCAUCAUCACAGUCGCCUUCAGCUUCUCCAGUUUCUACAGUAUCUGCAGAACAAAACUUGUCCAAUCAAAGUGAUUUUCUUCAAGAGCCAUUACAGGUGACUUCCUCAGUUACUUGUAGCUCAAAUGCUUGCUUGGUUACUACUGAUCAGGCUUCUUCAGAAGCUGAAACAGAAUUUAUGACCUCAGAGACCUCUGAGACGGCAGUUUCCGCCAGCAAGCCAGCAUCUGCACUCACUUCUCCACAUCCUCCCUUGUCAAAGGGCUUCCAGUUACCUCCUGCAAGUGGGAUCUCAGCAGCCAUUAGCACAGCACCCUUUCAAGCCAUGCAGACAGUGUUCAAUGUUAAAGCACCUCUCCCUUCACUGAAAGAACAAGAAAUGAAAGAAUCCUCUUAUUCACCUGGCUACAAUCAAAAUUUUACCUCAACGAGUACACAGACAAUAACCCAAUGCCAACUCCCAGCUAUAUGUAUAGAACAGACAUCCCAACCUCCAGAGACUGUUGCAGGUUACCAUCCUGAUGCAACUGUUCAAGUAAGCAAUGGUAACCUUGCCUUUUACCCAGCACCCACGAGUAUGUUUCCCAGACCUGCUCAGCCAUUCAUCAGUAGUCGGGGGUCUGUGAGAGGAUGUACACAUGGAGGGAGGUUACUAAUGAAUUCGUAUCGGCCUCCUGGUGGCUACAAAGGUUUCGAUAGUUACAGAGGACCCCCUUCAACUUCCAAUGGGAAUUAUAGCCAUCUGCAGCUGCAAGCUAGAGAAUAUGCGGGAACACCUUACACUCAGAGGGAUCAUUUCCAGCAAUGUUAUAAAAGAUCAGGGACAUCUAGUGGUCUUCAGGCCAAUUCAAAAGCAGGGUGGAGCGACUCCUCUCAGGUGAGCAGCCCAGAGAGAGACAGCGAGACUUUUAACAGUGGAGACUCUGGGCAAGGAGACUCCCGGAGCAUGACCCCUGUGGAUGUGCCUGUGACAAGCCCAGCAGCUGCCAUCCUUCCAGUACACGUCUAUCCCCUGCCUCAGCAAAUGCGAGUUGCCUUCUCAGCUGCCAGAACAUCCAAUCUGGCUCCUGGAACUUUAGACCAACCUAUUGUAUUUGAUCUUCUCCUGAACAAUUUGGGUGAAACCUUUGAUCUUCAGCUUGGUAGAUUCAAUUGCCCAGUGAAUGGCACAUAUGUAUUCAUUUUCCACAUGCUAAAACUGGCUGUGAAUGUACCGCUGUAUGUCAAUCUCAUGAAGAAUGAGGAGGUCUUGGUGUCAGCCUAUGCCAAUGAUGGUGCUCCAGACCAUGAGACAGCUAGCAACCAUGCCAUUCUCCAGCUCCUCCAGGGAGACCAGAUAUGGUUGCGUUUACACAGGGGAGCGAUUUAUGGAAGUAGCUGGAAAUACUCUACAUUUUCAGGCUACCUUCUUUAUCAAGAUUGAAAUACAGUUCAGAGUAAAAGAAUGAAGUUCUCACUAGUGAAUCUAAGGAAAAGUAGUCCUUGCCCUGGUGAUUGACUGGUUUGGAAAAAUAUUUUGUUUAAAGAGGAAGAAGGAGGUCCUUAUGUUUUUGUUUUUCUCUUUAUGUGAAAACUUUGGAGCGGAAUAACAAUUAGCACUAAUCUGGCACUUUAUAAAUUGUGAUGUAGCCUUGCUAGUCACACAGUGAAUGUGUAUUGUUUGCACUUAACCCUCAACUGUGUUAAUGGUCCGCUUACUGAACUGACUGCCUCAACUUCAGACAAGUUACAAUGCCUUGUUGUGCCUCAAUAAAAAAAAACUUAGAUUGCA